AUGUAUGAAUAUGCUCCGAGGCCAAAUUGUAGUUUGAAUAAGCCUGAUUGUGGCUCAAAAUAUUUAUUUUGUGACCUCUCCCAUGGAACUCCCCAUUGCGCAGCAAAGGCGCGUCCAGGGGGAGAUUGUAAAGGAUUCACCAAAGGUUUAAAAUUAUUUUUAAAUUAA